AUGUUUAGCAUACUCUCCGUAUUAUUAAUUGGAGCUUUUAUGGGCCAAGUGGAUGGGUGUAUUAUGAUGGCCACCUAUGGGCUGAUUUCUUCAGAAUUCAACCAGCUAGAGAAUGCUACCUGGCUUCUGUCGAGCUAUAUGCUCGCAGCAUGCGUCAGCCAGCCUCUGUAUGGCAAGCUGAGUGAUAUCUUUGGCCGAAAACCGUUAUUACAGAUCUCCUACCUGCUUUUCACCCUUGGUUGUCUCCUCUGUGGGUUGAGUCAAUCCAUGGCCCAGAUGAUCGCCGCUCGAGCAAUUCAAGGCAUAGGAGGAGCAGGUAUGGGAGGCCUUGUGGCUAUCCUCAUCUCUGAUCUAGUGCCUUUACGUGAUGUUGCGGUAUAUCGUAGCUACGUGAACGUUGUGCAGACCGUUGGCAGGUCAUGUGGCGGUCCGAUCGGAGGCGCUUUAAUGCAGACCAUAGGCUGGCGCUGGGCUUUCUUGGGUCAGGUGCCAAUUAUAUUGAUAGCAAUGUGCCUCAUCGAAUGGAAAUUAGAGUCCCCCGAACGAAUCGACGAUUCGUCGAAAGAGUCGUUAUGGGAAAAAUUCCGAAGCAUUGACUUCCUCGGUGUAGCUACACUAAGUUUAACGAUUCUUAGCUCCUUGCUCAUCCUUGACCUGGGAGGUACGAUGAUCCCUUGGAAUUCGCCGUUGAUCCCCGUUCUGGUAACCGGAAUGUUGCUCUGUGGAGGACUAUUCAUCGUCACUGAAAAGUAUUGGGCGAAGCAGCCUAUCUUCCCCCUUUCUCUUCUCACGCAUUAUGAUGUGUUUACAUCAUACCUUAUUUUGAUGUUCCAAUCUUGCUCUCAAAUUGCGCUUAUGUCAAUCGUACCGCUAUACUUCACAGUCACCCAGAACGCCUCGCCAGCUGCUGCUGGAUCAUACAUGACCCCAUCUAUCAUCGGUAAUACAAUUGGGGGGCUGGGUACAGGGGCAUAUAUCAAACGGAGCGGUCGUUACAAGCUACCCAUAAUUAUCUCCGGUAUCAGCGCCUGCUCUUGCUUUACCAUUCUCGCCACGACAUGGAGAGGCAACACAAGCUUAUGGGAGGCACUCCUCAUCUUUCCCGCCGGCUUCUCGUCGGGCAUUGGGUACUCCGCCACGUUCAUUGCUAUGGGUGCCGGCAUUGACGAAAAGGACAUGGCUAUCGCCACCUCUGGAUUGUAUCUCAGCUCUAAUGUCGGCGCCGUGGCCGGCGUGAGCCUUUCGAGCGCCCUGUUCCACAAUACACUGCGUACCGAUCUUAACAAGGUGUUGAAGGGCGUGGAAGGUGGAAAGGAGAUCGCAAGAAAGGCAUUGUCGGACAUUGACUUCGUGCAAAAACUGAAAGGGAGGCUACACGCCCUGGUCAUUGAAGCAUAUGUCUAUAGUUUCAGCCGGACGUUUACAUUAUCGUUGGCCUUCUCUGCCUGCGCGCUUCUCGUUGGCUGGAUGAUUAGGGAGAAGAGAAUCAAAGGGUAG